AGUGUGAGUCUCGCGGGCGAAGAGAGCGGACGUACGACUUUGCGCUCCCAUCCCGGCGGCGUGGCGAGCAUAAGGCGUUUCCGGCGUCGCAGAUUUUUCCUCUCCCUCUUCAGCACAGACUUGAGACGGACACGUUAAAGUCUGAAAGUUGAAAUAGAAAAAAAGAAAGGGAGAGUGUAGUGACACGUCAACAGAAAAAAGAGAAACAUAUAUAAGAAAAAGAAAGAAAACACCGACAGACGAAGGAAGAAUUGAUAAAGAAGGGAAAAGAAUAAGGUGAUAAUAAUAGUAAUAAUAAUGAUCGAAGUGCCACGUGCCGCGAGGAGGAAGACAGCGCGCGUGCAUUAACGCCUGACCCCCCCCCCCUUCCCUCUCCCCCAUCCCCCCACCGGGCGUGAGAAGGUCAUGGAGGGCUGGUGACCUUAAGGGAGAUUGACCCAGGUGGAGGAGCUGGACACCCCCCCCCCCGUCUCCUUUUUCUCCCCCUCUUUUUCCCUUCUCCCAGUUUUUGAGGACCCUCAAAGUUUCCCCUCUUUUUUAUCUCUUCCUUUCUCUCUCUCUCUCUAUUUUCUUUCUCCUCAAGCCCCGAAAGAGAGAAAAAAAUUCAUUUGUUUUGGAAAUUGUCCGAAAAGUCGAGGUAAUUUGGCGAUUGUGGAAGAGAAAAGGAAAAAAUAAUUAUAACGAUUUUGUGAACUUUUGGCUCUGACGAAAAAAAAGGCGUUUGUGGAAGUAAAUUGCAGAAAAAAUAAGUGGGGAUACAGACUGAUUAAAUAGAAAAAAGUUGCUUUAAAAAUCACAUUUCGGCAUUUUAUCAUCCCACGAAAGAAGGAAAAGGAGAAUAAUAAUUAUAAAAAAACGCCAUUUUGGUCUCUCUUCCCCUCUCUUUCAAAACGUCCAGGUAAAACACCCCCUCCUCCCCUGUGGUCCCCCCCCCCCACUCACCUCUUCCUACCCCUUCUCACUCUAGCUGCCACCUUCCCCUCUUUUCCCCUUAUAUCCUACCCACACCCAUUAAACCUCCCUCUUCCCAGCAGUCCCCCCACUCAGCCCACCCAUACCCCCCUCCCGCCCACCCACCCCACGCCCGCCACCAUGAUGAACGGCAUGGACCGCCCAGACUCGGGCAACCUCGAGAGCAACGUGGGCGCCAGCGCGCACGCCCACCAGCUCGCCAAGAUGAGGGUGAGCCAGAAGAUCCAGUCGCCCACCACGCCCAUCACACCCAUUGCGCCCACCUCGCCCACGUUCAUCCCCGAGGUGCGGUUCGGAGAGGAGAACGUGAUGGAAGGUAUGUUUCGUGCGAGUCGGCUGAACUUCAGAUUGAGCAGGAGUCAGAGGCUCUCCGGAGCUAGAGAUGACGUCCCACCACGUCAUCGAAAGGCGGUUUCGCAUUUCGACGUCAAUUUCUCCCCGCGGCAGCUUCGGAACCCAAGGCUCAACCUGUUUACCCGAGCGGUGAGGCCUGACUGUUACCAAGGAAGGACAGGAUCACUGGUUCCACUCGUUAAUUACCACGGAGAUUGUUUGUAAGAAUAAACUACCAGACAUGAAAAAUAUCUCUUCAUACUUAGAUCCUCCAGCCACUCCUGAAUAAAAUUUAAAAUUAUAGUACGUUUCAGAUUUCCGUAUUGCAACCCGUAGCGUUUAAAAGCAAGAUACGCAUUAAUGAAUUGAUAAGCUUACAUGAAGAAUAAAAAUAAACAAGAACGGAAUGUGGUUACGAAAAGUUAAAGUAAAAAUUCACUAAACAAAAGAAAAAUUAAUGAAUAAACACCAACGUCAGAGCCUUUAGAACAAAUGGCCAAGCACAUAACAACAGCAUUUCGCAGUGGAGAAAAAUGAAAAAACAAGAACAAA